AUGGCGUCGCACGCGGAGGACCAAUCGUCGGCUUUAUCGAUGGAGUCGGGCGAGAAGAUCAUCGUCGCAAUCGAGGACGAGUGGAACGUGUGGCCGUCGGUGCGGCAGAGCUUCGAGUCGCGCUUGCCACUGAAGAAGCUGCAGCUGCACAACCGCGCGCGCAAGGCGGUGGACCUGGACCGCCUGCCGCUGGAGUACGUGCUCACGUCCGAGCCCAAGCUGCGCAGCCGCCCGCCCGUCAAGAACAACCCGCACUGGUUCCGCCACCCCUACGCCACGCUCGUCCUCCUCGCCUGCCAUGACCCGGACGAGUACCGGGUGAGUCUGCGCGCGCGGCUGCAGGCGCUGGUGAAGGCGGAGCAGGGCGAGUGGCUGAUCGUGCACGUGAUGCGCGCAGGACCCAACGACCCCGCGGGCAAGCAGGCGCGCAAGGUGUUUGCGCGCAUUGAAGACCACUUCCGCCGCGACAGGUGUGUGCGGCUGGACCUGAGUGCAGCGGAGCCCAACUACGCGGAGGUGGAGGCGAAGGUGGUGGAGUGCAUUCGAGCCAGCGUGGACGCGCGCACCGUCUACUACUCCGAUGCCGUCAGACGCCUGCUGGACCACCGCCUCUCGCCCUCCUUUAACUUCUGCGCCUACUACACUGAUAAGGAGAGUCUAGCACUGAUGGCGGAGAUGGCGCAGUUGAGGGACGAUGCGUUGAGGGACUAUGAUGAGAUGGAGCAGGUCUACCUCGACACAGUGCGGCGGGCGGACAGCAAGGUGCGGGAGUUUGGGGGGUUGGACGUGGGGGAUGAGCGGGCGGCGCUGCUGGACGCGGGGCGCAAGCCCAUCAAGAUGUUUGCGCACGAGGAGACCAUCAAGCAGUUCGACUUCCGCCAGUACCUCUUCGCCCGCCGCGCCGCUCUGCUGUUCGCCAUGGGGCGGCCGGCAGUGGUGGCGGACAGGGCGUACGCGUUCAUCCUCGACUUCUCCAAGGAGCUCGCCGCCCGCCAGCGGGAGCUACCGUUCUGCAUGAGGGAGGUGUGGGUGCUGUCGGCGUGCACGCUGGUGACGACGGUGUGUGCGGAGCGCUUUGCACCGCGGUCGCCAGGGCACUACACGGAGAAGGACUUCUUCCGCCUGCAGGGCGACCUCAUCUCCCUCGCCCGUUCCAAGUUGAUGCGUCUGGGCGACCUCGUGGGCUUUGGCAAGUCCAUCCGUGUCACGCCCUGCAACAUGGCGGCGUUGGGCCUGAGUGCAUGGCCAGCGCCAGCGGUGUGGCCGUCAGCGCCCUCGGAGUCCGACCCACGAGUCAAGGCCCGCGAGGUGCAGGUGGCGGCUGCCAGCGCACUCGAGGCCUUUGUCACCUCCGGCAUGCUCAAACGCGCCCUCUCAUCACGCGAACACUUUGAGGACUUCUAUCUGGAGUUGACGCGGUCAGCAGCGGACUGCUAUGCGCGUUCGCUGUGGCUGCGCCAUGCCGUGGCACUGGACGCGGAGGUGGGCAGUCUGCACGAGGCGGCGGGGCGCUUUGACCUCGCGCUCAAGGUGUACGAGAAGCAGAACGCCGCGUACAGUGCAGCGCGCUGGCACCACCUGCUGCUGGACCUCUUCCCGCGCCUCUCGCACUGCCAGCUGCUCAUGCGCGACCUGCCCGCCUUCCUCGGCUCCUGCACCAAGCUGCUCUCACUGGGACCCACCCUCGUGCCUGCGGACGAGCGCAGCAAGGUGCAGCGCCAGAUGGUGGAGGUGGCGCGCUCGCGACUGGAAGAACCCGUCUCUGUCGACGUCUCCUCGCUCCUCUCCUUCUCCCUCGCCCCACACACUCCCGCGCCCUCUGCCUCGCCUGCUUCCUCGCCUGCUGCCCCUGCGCCAGCGUCUCCAGCGGGCAGGGCGGGCAGCAGGGCGUUGGAGCUGGGCGAGGGGGACGUGGUGUCGCUGUCCCUCGCCGUGUGGAGCUCCCUGCCUGCCCCGCUCGCGCUCGACUCACUUGUUCUCUCCCUCGUCACCCCGCCUCUCUUCACGGCAGAGGAUGGCAUCAGGAUGAAGAGUGAGCCAGCGCCAGUGGUGCUGCAGCCGGGGCCCAACACGGUGCAGGUGGUGGCGGUGGCGAAGCGGCAGGGCGUGUACGUGCUGGGCAUGCUGAUGGGGCACUGUGGGCGCGUGCGCUUCCGCUCCAGCUCCGCCACCAUCAAGGGCGGGCCCCCUGAGGCCGAGGACUACCUCACCUCCGAGCGCACUCUGCGCACCGUGCUCAAGGUGUCACCAUCGCGCCAUCUGUUGGACAUGGCGCCAGUGGUGGAUCAGCCGUUGCUGCUGGGCGAGCCGCAGUGGCUGGGGCUGCUGCUGCACCCGCUCUCCUACUCCCUCGCGGGCUCGCUCCUCAGGCUAGCAGGUGGCCCCGGCCUGCUGCUGCCGCCCAACCAGACCGUCCAGUGCCAGCGCUUGCCACCCGCAUACCCCUCCGCACUGCGCCAGCCAGCCAAGGACAAGGGGGGCGACGGAGAGGUGCCUGAGGGGGGCAGCGAGGCGGUGGCGAUGGUGGCGGGGUCGCUGCACCUGCCGUCGUGGUGCGCUGACUGCCCCACUGUCGUGUGGGUGCAGGCCUGCGCCUUCCGCGACCGCCCCGCGCCGCCUGUGCUCGUGCCUGCUGCCUCCUCGCCGUCCUCCUCUCCCACCAGCUCCCAGCAGCGGCAGCAGGCGGGGGCCGUGGAGGGCAUGUCAUCGUCAGCGUCCUUCUCCUCCACGGACUGGGGCAGCAGCAGCAUCGGCAGCGUGAGCAGCAGGAGCAGCAGGGACGGCAGCCCGUCAGGGGACAGUGCACCGCAGCAGGCCACGGGAACAGGCGGGGCGAGGGGGCAGGCGGGGGCGGCAGCAGUGGCGGCAGUGCGUGUGGUGCGGUGUGUGGUGGAGUACGGCACCCCUCGAAGCCGUGUCUUUGAAAAGGUGCUGACGUUCCAUUUCGUGGAGCCCUUCCACGUGUCCACCAGGGUCGUCAGCAGAGGGGCCGAUGGCGCCAGAAUGCUGCUCCAGAUGUCACUGCACUCCAACCUGCGCUGCACGCUGCGCAUCGCGUCUGCCUCGCUGCGCCUGCAGCCCGGCUUCUCCCUGCUCUCCACCGCGGCUGCUGCGGCCUUCACCACCUCUGCUGCCGCACCCUCUGCCCUGAGCCCGUCCUCCCCCGCUCCACUGCUGGACGUGGGGCCAUUGCUCUCAGGCACACUGCUCUUCACGCUCUCACUGCGACCACCGGGGGAAGCGCCCCCACCUGCCACUAAGGCUGCUCCACGAAAAGCGGCGCGCCUUCAAGUGCCUGAGGGGCAGGCAGGGGGGGAGGAGGGCGAGAGGGAGGGGGCGAUGGAGGGCGUGAGUGAGCUGCGCGUGCACUACGAGGUGCAGGGCGAGCGCCUGCACGGUGCCCACACGCCCGUCGCCACACCGCUGUGGGCGCGCACCAGAGGAGGCGAGGCCGCACGCCUGGGGGGUGGCGUGGACGACUUGGGCGGGGGACCGAGAGGAGAAGCGCAGGGAGUGCAGGCGGUGGGGGAGGGGGAGGAGGGGAGGGGGGUGAGUGGGGGAGUGGUGCCAGUGUACCGGCAUGCAGUGGUGCUGCAGAUGCCUGUGACUGACCGCGUGCUGGCCGUGGGGCUGCUGACGCCUGCCAGUGCAGUGAGCAUCGCCCCGCGGGUGGGGUGUGUGCUGGUGCUGGAGUGGCGCAUCGAACGCCUCAUAGACGGCCUCCUCCUGCCGCCCUCGCACCAGGGUGUGUGGGAUGAAGGGGAGGGCGAGGAGGUGGAGUAUGAGGUGCGGGUGAGUGGGGACGACUGGAUGAUAGCGGGGCGGCGCAAGGGCUUUCUGCGCCUGCCAUUGGGACGCGGGGCCAAGCACCUGCUGUCGCUGCACUGCCUGCCGGUGAAGUCGGGCUUUGUACGCCCCCCCGUGCUGCACCUGCCCCAGAUCAACCCCGACACCAUCAGCCACUCCCCUGCCGGCCCACACCUGCUGCGAGUGUUGCCCCAAGAGCCCUGUGCCUCCUUCUGCGUCUCAAAGCGCGCCGCAGUGGGGUUCGCGAUGUGGCCGGCGAGCGGCAUGAAGCCAUCGCGCAGCGACGAGGUGCUGCCGCCGGAGCAGCAGGCUGCGGCCACGGCCAAGGUGGAGCAGUACUUCCAGUCGCAGGCGCCACGGCGCGCGCCGAAGCCCAGUCGCAGCGAGGCGGGCGAGGGCGAGGGCGUGUUCGGCGCGGACGACGCGGUGGCGGUAGACCUGCCCGAGAGGCGCGCGCUCGCGCACCUCGUGGCGCACGCGGAGCCGGUGUGUCCCAGUGGCACGCCAGAGGUGCACGACCCAGAGCACCACCCUGCCACCUCCUACUACCAACACCUGCAAUACGACGGCCCACACUGCCCCACGGGGAAGGGGUUCAUAAGGCUGGACGCCAAGCCGGAGGUGCCAGUGCAUGUGGUGGAGCACCAUGCAGUGCCCGCACCUCUUCUCUUCAACCACAACCCUCACACCAACCCUGCCAGGGAUGACUGGACUGCUGAAUAG